AUGUAGUACAUGAAGAUGGAAUUUGCAAUUAAACACACAUGGGAUGGUUUACCUGUGAGCCAUGAGCCAGUUACAAUUGAGCUGAAGUCAGACAAUGCGGGACUGAUAAUGGAAGUUAAUGCUCCCUUCUUUAAUGAUCCUCCAGCACCCCUUGGAGAGCCAGGGAAACCUUUUAGUAGACUGUGGGACUAUGAGGUUGUAGAGGCAUUUUUCCUGAGUGACAGAACUGAACAGUAUUUAGAAGUUGAACUUUGUCCCCAUGGAGAACACUUGUUGCUGCUGCUUUCUGGCAAAAGAAAAGUAUGGAAAGAAGAGCUUCCUUUAGAGUUUGAGGUGACCAGAACGAACACCAAAUGGGAGGGUAAAGCUCGUCUUCCUUGGAAUUAUUUUCCACCAUGCACUAACAAGUUCAAUGCAUUUGCAAUUCAUGGCUCAGGAGAACAGAGAAAAUAUGAGGCACUUUAUCCUGUGCCUCGACAUGAACUACAGGAAGGACAGAAACCAGAUUUUCAUCGUCUGGAAUUUUUCAAAGAUUUGAACCUGAAAAGAUUAAUGGGAGAAGACUGGAAGCAGCCUGAAUCAGAUUUAUGGAAUUUAACUCUGCACGUGAAUUCUGCCUGAGAAGAAGAGAAGAUGGGGAUAUCCUGCCUUUGUGAACAUCUCAGUGUGAUGAAUAUCCAAGAUAGAAUGUUACCACAGAGUUUUUACUUGGCUUUAGUGUUCUUCUUUGAACUCUGUUUUAUAGAACUUUACUUUUAAAGUUAAGGAUAUUAGUCUUUUUCAGAUGCAGACAUUGACAUGUCAGUGCACUCAUUCAUCCAAUUUUUUCUGCUCUCUUUUAAUUAGGCACUACAGAUUCCUUGCUAUAAAGUGCCAUCUGUUGAAAAUUUUAAGUAUUGUACAUUCAGUUGUUUGGUAUCUUUUCUUCAGUCCAUGUAUGGUUUUUCAAAGAAUAACAUUAGUCUGAAAUAUUGAAUAAUCCAAUAAAUGUUGGUUGAAAACAUCUUCCAGAUACUGCCAUCUCAAAACUGCUUUUGAAAUUCCAGUCAAAAGUGAAAAAAACCCCAUUUCUCUGAAGCUUUAGAUUUCAUUUUAAAUAGUUUGUCAAGAAAGGCAUGCAAAGGUUAAAAAUGAGUUUACUGUUUUUCUCAUAGAGGUUGUUUUCACAUGGUGAUUGAUGUUUUGUAUGUGAAGGACAAUAAAUCAAAUAAGUAAUUUAAAGUAAAAUAAUUGUGGUACAAAAUUGAAUGGUACAUGCUUCUGAAAAUGGGACUGAUCAUGUAGACUUUAUUCAAGGCAAAUACUACUCCACUCUGCUGACAGUUGGUUCACUUGUGUGUUCCUAAGCUUUAGGAGUCUGUUUGAUCUCUGAGUGCUGUCUGUCAUCAGAAGGUUUCCAUAUGGGUUCGUGGAGUGCAGAGUUGGAACCUGUGCAGUGACUCGUUUCUAAAGGUUGAAAGUUAAAUUAAUCCUUUGGUAGAAACUUAGUGUAGGAGGGGAUAUCUACUUAAGGCAUGUGUUAGAUGGAAGCACAGCAUCUUGGCACAUAGUAGUGAAUUCUUGGCAAUACAAUACUUGCCAGCAUUGUUUAAAGCUCCGAGGACUUUGCAGGGAUGCCUAUCAAUGUUCAUUGGGAUGCUAGUUAGCAACUUUCUUGCUCUGAGCUGCUCUUAACCUGGCCUUGUUUUACACUGUGGAGAACAGUUGUUGCUAUUCUUUCCUGAAUUGUCUCUCUCUUGCAAUACAUGAGGAAAAGACAAAACAAACUCUGUUCUGUGUGAGUUCUGUUUAAGUACAUGUUCAUUAAUUGUUAAACCUAGUAUAGAAGAAAGGUGAUGCAGUGCAGUCUGGCUCAGUGUAUGUGUGUAUAUAUAGACAUUCAGCAUUGUACUGGUUUUGUAUGUCAAACUUGAAUCAAGAAUAAUACAGAUAAAUGCUCAAAAUUGUCACACUGGAUAUUUUUUAUGUAA